GGCAUCGUAGUCUACUUUUACGCACGCCGGAUGUGGCAGUUUUUUUUUUCAAUUUCAUUUUCGUUUUAUUUCAUACCUCGAGCUGUCGAGCGUGGAGCUACGUGAACAUCACACGUUGUUUAUUUUAUCUUUAAUAAGAUGGUUGCAUGCAUCAAUUGAUGCAGAGGCCGGGGGCUCGUUUCCUCCUUAUAAAAAAAUGUAUCUCGCUAAUUAAUUAUUUGCCACUUAUAUAUAUAUGAACCCAUGCUAUGUAGGAGGAACAACGAAAAGCGGUCAAGAUCACUUGUAACAAUUGUUCCACAUUACGAUGGCCAUCAUUGGAGAAAAUAUGGGCAGAAGAACAUCAACGGGAGGCAACAUGCUAGGAGCUACUACAGAUGCGCCUACACGGAACGGAACUGCUCAACAACCAAGACAAUCCAACAACAGGAUCAUAAUGGAACUCUUAAUUGUGAAGAUGAAACUGCAAAGUACAUUGUUGUGUACUAUGGUCAUCAUAGUUGCAGGGCUGACAUCACAAGAAAUGCCGCAAACAUUGACCCUAGUGUGGAUCUAAUUCAAAGUGGCAAAAUGGCUGGAGCAGUAACCGACUUUGAAAAGUUUGACCAGCAGGACUUGGACGUGUCGUCUCUGACAGAGGUGUUCGACAACCCUGAGCUGAAUUGGGACAUCAUUUGCUAG